GUCACGGGACUGCACAACUACAGCUGUUCAUGUCUGCGUUUGUGGUUGACUUUCUCUGUGCUUUGACUGUUUAAAGGAGGGUUAUGACCUGCGGUGACCUCACACGGAAUGAGCCGCUGAACCGUAGCUCGUGUCGGCCUGAACCUGAGCGGUCAUGGCGGUGAACUGGACCGAAAGGAUCCCCGCCUUCGGCCGCAGUCCGAGCCGCUUCCUCUCCGGGACCACAGCCGAGACCUUCCUGGCCGAACUGCUCCGGGAGCUCCGGGAUGACCGAGCCUCUUACAAUGUCAAGGUCCUCCUUCUGUCCCCUCUGUGUGAACACCCACACCUGCUGUGUCCUUCAGACUCUGUGGGUGAGGAGACGGUCCUGGAGCUCAUGUCCGUCUUCGCCCAGUCUCCUCCCAAGUGCGUCCAUUUUCGCUGUCACCUCCUCCUGGCCAUCACCUCUGUGCUGGUCUGUACUAACUGUGUGAACCAGCGUUCCUGUGCGUGUCAGGACUUCCUGGACCUGCUCCUCCAGCUCGUCCAGGACACCACUGACCUCCACGCUGACGGCGCCGUUCGCUCUGUUCGGGCCACGGCCUGUGACUGCCUCAGGGAGCUGGAGGCCUGUUGUCCUGGCCUUCUGUCCCAGCGUCUGGAGCUUCUGAGCGGGCUUCGCCAACGAGAGACGUCCAGGCUUCACCAGGUGUACACAGAACUCCACACUCUGGUCCUAAGGAACGCUGUUUAUCAGCUCACACAGGAACCAGGAGCUGGUGCAAAGCAGCUUAAAGCCGUUCUGGAUGGAAACGCUUCCAUCGCAUGUGAAGCGGACCAGCAUUCAGGUCAGCUGAAGGACCAGGACUCGGGUGCACUGUGGUCCCUGGUCCUGGGUCCCAUGGGUUCGGUGCCGACCCUGCACACGGGGCCGGACUGUAAAGAGCUGCGCUCAGUGCUGUCGUCGCUGCUGGAGGAGUCGUACCUGCUCACCCCACUGUGUCAGUCCGCUCUGCUCCACAGACUCAUAGAGGUGGUUGCCAUGGUACCAGGAAUUCCUCCUGUCGUAUUCAGAGCUCAGCUGCUGCGACUUCUUGGAACCACCGAGGUUUGUCUUCUUCACACCACUCUGCUGAUGAAGAGUGCGUUCACUGACUGUCUGUUCAGCGCAGAGGAUGAGGCGUUCAUGCUCAAACGCCUGGUUGUCCUUUCCCAGCAUCCCCUGCUGACCACGCCCGAGAAGCUGUUCUACAUGGACUGCAUCCUGCACUUCCCUGAGAACCGACCAAUCAGCUGCGGAGACGGCGACGAAGGCCCGCCCGUGCUGCUGACGCCCCGGUUGGCGGCGGCGCUGGUGCCGACGGUGUUCAACGACAGCGCCUCGAUGCUGGCCCGCCUCAACCUGCUGUCCCUGGUGUACCUGGAGAACGGGGAGGAGGAGGAGGGGCGGGGCCUGGCCUACCUGUAUGAACACCUGGUUUCUCUGAUCCGCAUCGUGGAGAACGGAGGCAGCCGAGACGUUGUGACCACUUUCUUCCGAGCCGCCUUCCUGUUUCUGUUCUACUUCUGCCACGUGCAGCGUUACUCGGACCGGCUGACGGAGCUGCUGUGUGACCUGUACCUCCACCACGCCCACCUGGCCCCCCACCUCAUCAACCUGGCCGACCAGACCCAGGACAGGCUCCCAGAAUCCACCUGGACUCUGGGACUCCUCAAAGCUUUACAGAGAGGAAUCACCGAGGGGCCUCUGGCUAAACUGACCCUGCACGACCUCAGCUGGCACCUGAAGAUGCUGGGGCGGGUGGCGGAGGAGGGCGACAUCCCCCAGCAGACCACCCUCCGCUUCCUGUCCAGCAUCGUCACUCCGUCAUCCUCGUCGCUGUGCGUCAAUGGCAACUGGCGUUUGGGGAACAGCGUCCUAGCCGUUUGCCGCCGCCUGCUCGUCCACCCGAGCCUGGACUCGCUGCUGAUCCCUCUGGCUGAUGUCCUGCAGCACCUCGCCUGCCGUUACGGAGACACGGACAUCCAGGACCACGCCCGCCUCUACUACACCCUCCUCACUACUCUGUCCAGGGAGAAACUGGCAGGGAUGUUGGCGCAAGGUGCGGCUCUGGAAGGACGGGAGGUCAAGAAGCGAACGCUGUCUGGAAUCGUGGCCGAGAGCGAGGGGCUGGUGAGCGUUCUGACCGUCCAUCACACGGACAAACGCAUAUUUAAUCUGGUGGAGACGCACAGGACGCAGGACACUGAUGUGGGAGGGGGUGAUGAUGGUCCAGAUCAACCCGAGACGGCGCUGGAGGCGUACAGAGCUCAGUUUGACCGUCGGGACUUCGUCUCUGAGAUCGUCCUAAACUACCAGCUGGUCCACACAGAGGAUUCGGACGCUCGCUUCGACCAGCUCUUCAGCGUCCGCCUGCACUUCAGCCUGACGGACGACCACUACGAGGAGCUGAGCGACCUCACGGCGCCGUGUCUCUUCAGAGCGCGUCCGUCUCCUGUCGUGCAGCUCAGACUGAAGCCUCGGCAGCCGUACCCGACCGCGCUCCACGUCAGCGCCGUCUUCACCACGCAGGACGGACUCUCCUGGCACACGGUCCUCCCAGACGUCCACAUCACCUUCCAGCAGACCUUCACGUCUCUGCCCGCGCCGACCACCUGGGGACGAAACGCCAAACUGAAGGUGUUUGACGGAUUAUGGGACGAAAUCAGCACCGACUGCGAAGAGAAGGACGGAGCAGAGAGCGCUACGAGUCUGUUCUGCUGCCGUCUGCAGACGGACGCCCUCUCCGAGUUGGUGCAGAAACACUUCCUGCCGUACCUCGUUUCACAUCCCAGUGAUAAAGACGAACUCAAAGUAUUGAUCUUCCUCCCACCACGUUCUCACACGCUGCUGAAGAUCAGGCCUGAGGAAGACGCCGUGCACUUCAACAUAGCAACAGACAACUGGCAACUUCUGCCGCACAUCAGCUCAUUCCUGUUGAUGGUUACAGGACAGGAAGUCACCGACAGCUGACAGGAAGUAGCCGAAUGACAGGUAUUUAAUGAGACAUUUCACAGAACUAUCACAUUUGUCACUUGAAUACAGCUUUAUUUCAACUAAAAAUUAAAUAAUUGAAGUUGGAUAAUUGCAAAUAAUGUUACUGAAUUUAAUGUGUUGCUGCAAUUUUCAUGACAAAAUAUUGAAUAAAAUGUUACUGCUUGUAAAUGAAAGGCAAAUUAUGAAUAAAUUCACAAACUGCA